AUGUUCCAGGUGUCUUUCGGUCUCGCGAACGUCUUUUUUGCCAUCGUCGUCGUCUUCGCGGGGACGCGCAUUCUCGAUUACAUGCAGUACGCCAAGCAAACGGGCUAUCUUCCAGGUAUACGCUCUCUCGUCACACCGAUCUCGCUCUUCGGCGUCCUGUUCCCUACCAGUCGUUGGAACCCGGGACGAGAGUGGCAAUGGCAAUGGAGGAAGGACGUAUAUAAGCGACAUGGAACUGAGACCAUUUCGUCGUUGCCGUACCUCUUUGGUGGACCAGCUAUCUAUACCUCGUCCCUUGACGUCGCACGGCAGAUCGUCGCAAUGAAGGGCGAAUUCUACAAGACCAAGGAGAUGACUGCCAUCACCCUUGUAUGGGGUCCGAACGUGUUCGCCGCGAACGGAGACGAAUGGAAGCGAUUCAGACGCAUCAUGAAUCCCGCGUUCGCCACCUCGACUUUUGCGUCUGUGUGGGACGAAACAUGCCGCGGCUUCCGCGAGAUGUUCGUUGGCCAGGGAUGGGACGGCCUCGAGUCGAUCGACAUUCUCGACAUCAGCCCGUUGACCAACAAGUUUGCGCUCAUGUUGAUCUCGUCCGCAGGGUUCGGUCACCCCCUGUCCUGGGAUCCGAGGACGCCCGGAUCCAAAACGAUGUCAUUCGGGGAAGCACUUCACAUCAUUACCCACAACCUGAUCCUCCGUCUGGUGGUCCCCCGCAUCGCAUACUGGCUUCCGAUAAAACGACUGCAGGAUAUCAAGGAGGCCUACAAGAUCGUUCGCGUGUUCUUGUUGACACUCAUAGACACGCGGCGGAAGGAGUUCGCCGCCGGCGCACCAGCACAGAACGACGUACUGAGUUUGAUGAUUCUGUCAGCGGAGAAUGAGGGACAUCUCAGCAUGACGGACGACGAGCUAAUUGGCAACACCUCCAUCCUGCUCUUUGCGGGACACGAUACUCUUGCCAUGACGCUUAACGCCACUCUCGGAUUCAUGGGGCUCUACCACGAGUAUCAAGAGGAAAUGUAUCAGGAGGUUCUGGCUGUGAUGCCCACCAGCGCCGAAUUCACCUUCGGCAAUUCGCGUAAACUUCGCAAGGUCCAGGCGUGCUUCCUCGAGACUUUGCGAUACUUUUUGGCCGGCUUCAUGUGGAUCCGCGACACGGCCGAAGACAUCGUUCUCGAGCAUGUCGGGCCGAACCGCGACCAGCGCAUCGCAGUUCCGCGCGGUACCCCCGUGGUGGUAGACGCCAUCGGUCUGCACCACAAUCCGCGACUGUUCCCAGAGCCGGACAAGUUCAAGCCGGAGCGGUGGUAUGACGCGCCGGAGAGCGCGCUGACCAUGUUCUCGCUCGGCACCCGAGUCCGCAUCGGACGGCGGUUCGCGAUCACGGCGGGGGUCUGCUUCCUCGCGAACCUCCUGCGGGACUGGCGCGUCGAGCUGCUCGCCCCGCAUGGUGAGUCGCGCGCGGAGUGGGAGGCGCGGUACCGACGCGCGUGA